UAUUAGCCUCAGAGUCUGAAGGCAUCCAUGCUGAUUUCAUGUUGUAAAAUUAAGUGAUAUAUUUUCACAGUUUUAACCAUCACAUUUGAGGAAUCGCCACAAAAGAAUAAAUAAUGGUGUCCAUGCAGCCUAUUGGUAUUUACAAGCCAGGGGCAGAGGAAGAGAAGUCCGAGACUGCUCGUAUGUCCUCUUUUGUUGGUGCCAUUGCCAUUGGAGACUUAGUCAAGACUACAUUAGGGCCAAAAGGAAUGGACAAAAUCUUGCAGUCUGGGAACAAAAAUAACACAAUUCAGGUCACAAAUGAUGGAGCUACAAUUCUCAAGGCUAUAGGUGUGGACAACCCUGCAGCGAAGAUCUUAGUUGAUAUUUCCAAAGUACAGGAUGAUGAAGUAGGAGAUGGGACCACCUCUGUUACAGUAUUAGCUUGUGAAUUACUAAAGGAAGCUGAACACCUAAUUGCACAACGCCUCCAUCCACAGACCAUAGUGUCAGGCUGGAGGAAAGCUGUCACUGAGGCCAGGAGAGCUUUAGAAGAGUCUGCUAAAGAUAAUGGGGCUAAUCCUGAUAAAUUUAGAGAGGAUUUGAUGAACAUUGCCAGAACUACCCUAAGCUCUAAGAUUUUGACUGCGAACAAAGAUCACUUUGCAAAUUUAGCUGUGGAUGCAGUGUUAAGACUUAAGGGUCAUGGUGACCUGCAGGCAAUACAAGUGAUCAAGAUUCUUGGUGGAAGUCUACUGGACUCUACCUUAGAUGAAGGUUUUCUGUUGGAGAAGAAGAUUGGAGUUAAUCAACCAAAGAGAGUAGAAAAUGCUAAGAUCUUAAUAGCCAACACGUCAAUGGAUGCUGAUAAAAUAAAAGUGUUUGGCUCCAGAGUGAGAGUGGAUGCCAUUUCCAAAAUUGCAGAAUUAGAAUUGGCUGAAAAGGAAAAGAUGAAAGAUAAAGUCGGAAAGAUAAUUAAACAUGGUUGUAAUGUUUUCAUUAACAGGCAGUUAAUUUACAAUUAUCCAGAGCAGUUGUUUGCUGAUGCUGGUGUGAUGGCCAUUGAACAUGCUGACUUUGAAGGAGUAGAGAGACUGGCCUUGGUCACAGGUGGAGAGAUAGUGUCCACUUUUGACAACCCAGAGCUGGUCAAGCUUGGUCAUUGUGAUCUCAUCGAGGAAGUCAUCAUUGGAGAGGAUAAACUCAUCAAGUUCUCAGGUGUUGCUCUGGGAGAGGCCUGCACCAUAGUGUUGCGUGGAGCUACUCAGCAAAUUCUGGACGAAGCAGAGCGUUCCUUGCAUGAUGCCCUCUGUGUUCUGGCGCAGACUGUGAAAGAAACCAGGACAGUUUAUGGUGGUGGUUGCUCUGAGAUGCUUAUGGCAAAUGCUGUCUCAGAACUUGCCAUGAAAACACCUGGUAAAGAAGCCCUGGCAAUGGAAGGAUUUGCUAGAGCUCUUAGAAUGCUUCCCACAAUUAUUGCUGACAAUGCAGGCUAUGAUAGCAGUCAGCUCGUUACAGAGUUGAGAGCAGCUCACAAGGAAGGACGUAACACCACAGGGCUGGAUAUGAACAGGGGAGAAAUAGCUGAUGUGACAGUGCUGGGAAUCACAGAGUCCUACCAAGUGAAGCGCCAAGUCCUCAUUAGUGCAGCUGAGGCAGCAGAGAUGAUCCUUAGAGUGGACGACAUCAUAAAAGCUGCACCGCGUCAGCGAGCUCCGGACCAUGGUCACUAGGUGUCACCUGUCUGUCUGUCAGUCAGUCUGUCAUGCUUUAGACUUAUCUAGAAGAGAGAAAUUUGAUGUGCAGUGUGAAUUUUUGGAUCCACAACGCAAGUCUUUUCAAGGCACAUUUGGGAAAUUUGACUGAACCAACUUGUCAAAUAACUGCUAUAUUUCACUUGUUUUCCUGUGCUUGCACUAUCAUGAUAAAGUCAUCUUAGUUGCAUGUGUACUUCAAUCUUCAGGUAAUAUGAAUGUGCCUAGAGUCAUAUCAGCAAGACUAUACACUAUAUAAGCAUGUCUUGAAGAUGUUCUGGAAGUUUGUUUUGUAGGUGGACCAAAGAAAAAAUAGACCAUUGAUCAUGAGGUAAAAUGGACUAUGCUGUUUAGUAUAAAUAUUUUAUUGCUGUUGAAUGUUGCAUUAUAUAUCAUCUUGGAGUGACAACUGCUUUGUGUGUAUUUAUAAAAAAUAAACAAAUGUGAAAAAGUUA